GCCUUCAAAGCCGAAGCUGAAAUGGCCUCAAAACUUAAGACCUUCAUCAAGCUUCGUGGCUACCCAAUAACCCUAUUCAAUCAGAAUCGAUCACUAUCCUCAAAUCCAUCUUCACGGAUUCUCGUACAUACUAACCAAUCGCACUACAGGAAACGAAUUUUACUCGCGGAUCUCCUUCAGAGGUAUGGUUUCCCUCCUUCUUCUCUCCAACACUUCCUCUCAAGGAACAGUCACCUGCUGAAUUCGGAUUUAACAGAGACCGAGACCUCUCUCGGUGUCUUGUUGUCGUUGAAACUCCCUCAGAAAUCACUCGUUUCGCUGAUUUGCGAUUGCCCUAAUGUUCUGCGAUCAGAGUUCUUAAGGAAAUGGAGAGUUCCUCUUUCCGAAUGCGGUAAACAGGGAGUCGCGCCUUCCGCGUUUAAGAGCGUCCUUGAGCAUUCUAGUAGAAUUGGGAUUGGUCCAGAUAAGUUUUAUGAAUGCUUAAGGGUUUUGAAGGGUUUAGGCUUUUGUGAUAGUACUGUGAGUAGGAUUUUAAGCGCAUUCCCUGGAGUUUUGUUAGUGAAUGAGGUUGAAAUUCGCAGAAAGAUUGAAUUUUUAGUUGGAAUCGACAUUGCUCUAGAUAACGUUGAGAGGUUCUUUCACGUUUUUCCUGAGAUUUUAGGGAUUGGUACUGAGACUAGACUUAAGCCAUUGCUAGAUGAGUUUAUGAAGAUGGGGUUUAGCAAGGAUGAUGUUAAGAAAGAUAUUGCUAGAGAACCUAGAGUUCUUGGCUUGGAGUUAGGAGAGCUUCCGCGGUGUUUGGAGCUGAUCAACACAUUGAAAUGCCGGGAAGUGAUCAGAGUUAGUAUUCUCAGCGAGGGUGCUUUCCGUGCUGGGUUUCAAGUGAAACUCAGAGUUGAUUGUUUAUGCAAAUACGGGUUGAUCCAUAGAGACGCAUUCAAGGUUGUAUGGAAAGAGCCGAGGGUGAUCUUAUAUGAGAUAGAGGAUAUAGAGAAGAAGAUUGUGUUUUUGACUAACAGAAUGGGAUUUCAUAUUAAUUGCUUAGCUGAUGUACCAGAGUAUCUAGGGGUUAAUCUUCAGAAGCAGAUCGUUCCGCGGUACAAUGUCAUUGAUUACUUGAAACUGAAAGGUGGUCUUGGCUGUGAUAUUGGAUUGAAAGGUUUGAUCAAACCAAGCAUGAAAAGAUUCUAUAAUUUAUACGUGAAGCCAUACCCAGAGUGUGAAAGAAUCUUUGGCAAGAGAAAAGAGAGUGUCCGAGUGAAAAAUCGACAUCCCGCUGGGCUUUGGAAGCUUAUGAAGCCGUCUAGCCAUCUAACAACAAAGGAAGAUGUGGUAAACAUGAAGGCAUUUAUAGGGCCACUUGCGUAGUAGGUUUAGAUCUGCUUGGAACAAAGAUUGCCUCUUACUAGAUUGAAAUAUACCGACCUCUCUUAUCUGUAUUCUCGCUCCCUCACUUUACUACGAUCUGCUCUGAAUCGAUAUGAGUUCAGGAAACUUCCAUGAGCCAUCGAAUCCGAUUUCAUGGCUUGAUCAUUCAAAGGACAAUACAUAUUCCUGACGAAAAAUACUGAAUAAUCACUCGCUUCUCGUUCUGCAUGCUGUGGAGGCAGAAGACAUUAGCAAAGUGAUAAGGACGUGCGAGGGAGCUGAUACAAGCAAUGAGGAGCGCAAAAGAUUGUAACAACCUUCUCAUGUUCUCAUGCUUAUCGGUAGUAGUCAUCGAGUCUGUAAUCAUUAUACUAGCAUUGUACUCUGAGUGUAAAGGUGACACAUGUGUCAUCUGAGAGAGGAUUGAUGUUUCUAGUGAUGUGCUAGAAAGGUCCUCUUCUAUACAAUGUAUCGUUUGGGUUAAGAUAUCAAUUCUUAACAGAAAGCUAUUGCCUCCCAUCUCCAGUUCGGCAAUUCAUUGCACAAAUGAUUUGCUGAGCAAAUGUAAUGACUUUGGUUGUCAAAAGUUGAGAGCUUUCCAA